AUGGGCGCUAAACAAUCUCAACAAUCCGGGAGAGGUGGUUCCUCCCGAGGGGGUAAAGGAAAGCGAAUUGCAAAACUCACUCCGCAGGCUCGGGAGAAUAUAAAAAGGACCCGCAAAUGGAUACGAGCUGCUGACAAGGCUGCGUCUCAUUCAUCAGGGAGUGAGUAUGUGCCCUCCAAAGAUAUCUCCUCCGAUUCAGUCCCAACACAUAUAACUGACCCACUCCACCUAGCCGAUACCCCUUCACCAUCACCCACCUCCAAAAGACCAGUGACUGUAGUCUCGAAUUCUUCUGACGAGCCCGCAGCUGGUAGUGAGCAAUACUCCACCUCCCCCACAGCUUCAUUAUCUGGGGAGAGUACAGGUCAAGAUGAGGGAGGUGAACCUCAGGUUGGGGGGAUUGAGAGAACUAGGAAGCCUGAAGUGUGGGAGGAUCGGCGCAUGCUUGGUGCUGGUGGCUCAGGUGGCGGCGGCAGCGGCGGUUUAUUUGGCGGAGGAAUGGGUGCUGGUGCAAGUAAUGAACAUUUAGGAAGUGGUGGUACUGGAAUUGGUGGAGGAUUGCUUGGUGGUGGUGGUCAUGGCUCUGGUGGCGGAGACUAA